GGCGUCGGCGUCGCGGGGAGCUGGCCCGGUCCGCUGCGGUCCCCGCCGGGCAUGGUGUAGGAGGCCCGGGGCGAGCGCGGCCAGCCGGGAGCGAUGCUGGCCUGGGCCGUGCUGUGGGUCUUCACGGGAGCCGACGCCGCGUUCGCGCAAGUUCUACAGACCCGGUUCGUCGAAGAGCCCGAGGACCAGACGGUGGUGGCCGGGCAGCGGAUCGUGCUCUCCUGCGUGGUGCUGAACUACUCCGGGAUCGUGCAGUGGACCAAGGAUGGCCUUGCCCUGGGGAUGGGGCAGGGCCUUAAAGCCUGGCCGCGGUACAGGAUCAUUGGGGCCGCCGACUCCGGACAGUACAACUUGGAGAUCAGUGCGGCUGAGCUCUCCGACGACGCCUCGUACGAGUGCCAAGCUACGGAGGCAGCCCUGCGGUCGCGGCGCGCCAAGCUGACUGUCCUGAUUCCCCCCGAAGACCCCGUGAUCGAUGGAGCCCCUGAGAUCCUGCUACGGGCGGGCACACCGCGCAACCUCACGUGCCGGGCACGCAACGCCAAGCCCGCGGCUGCCAUUGUCUGGUUCCGGGACGGGAUGCAGCAGUCAGAAGCUGCCACAAGCACAGAAGUGUUGCCAGAUGGGAAGCGGGAGACCACCGUGAGCCACCUGCUGAUCAAUCCCACCGACCAGGACAUCGGCCGGGUGUACGUUUGCCGCUGCACCAACGACGCCGUCCCGGCUGGCAAGGAGACCUCCGUCACGCUGGACGUGCACCACCCUCCCACGGUGACGCUGUCCAUCCAGCCGCAGACCGUGCAGGAAGGGGAGCGGGUCACCUUCACCUGCGUGGCCACCGCCAACCCGGAGAUCAAAGGCUACAGGUGGGCUAAAGGCGGCAUGGUCAUCGAGGAUGCCCAGGAGAGCAAAUACGAGACGCAGGUGGAUUACACCUUCUUCACGGAGCCCGUCUCGUGCGAGGUGCACAACGAUGUGGGCAGCACCAACGUCAGCACCCUGGUGGACGUGCAUUUUGCUCCUCGCAUCGUGGUGGACCCCAGGCCCACGACCACCGACAUCGGCUCGGACGUGACGCUGACCUGCGUGUGGGCCGGGAACCCUCCCCUCACCCUCACCUGGACCAAGAAGGAAUCCAACAUGGUGCUGAGCAACAGCAACCAGCUGUAUCUCAAGUCCGUCACGCAGGCAGACGCAGGGCAGUACGUCUGCAAGGCCAUCGUGCCGCGGAUUGGGGUGGGAGAGCGAGAAGUCACCCUCUUUGUCAACGGGCCCCCCAUCAUUUCUAGCGAGUCCGUCCAAUACGCGGUGCGUGGCAACCCGGGGAAAGUGGAGUGUUUCAUCGGCAGCACGCCCCUGCCGGACAAAAUCGCUUGGGGCUGGAAAGAGAAUGUUUUGGAGAAGGGAACUCUGGAACGGUACACGGUGGAGCGCAGCAACACCGGCAACGGAGUGCUUUCUACCUUGAGCAUCAGCAGCGUGAUGGAGGUGGACUUCCAGACCCGCUUCAACUGCACGGCCUGGAACAGCUUCGGGCCUCGGACGGCCAUCAUCCAGCUGGAAGAGAAAGAGGUUGUGCCGGUGGGGAUUAUCGCUGGUGCUACCAUUGGAGCUGGAAUUUUGGUCAUCUUCUGCUUCAUCGCGCUGGCCUGCUUCCUGUACCGACGUCGCAAAGGAAGCCGUAAAGACGUGACGUUGCGGAAGCUGGACAUCAAGGUGGAGACGGUGAACCGGGAGCCGCUGACGCUGCACACGGACCGCGAGGAGGACACCGCCAGCGUCUCCACCGCGACGCGCGUCAUGAAGGCCAUCUACUCGUCAUUCAAGGAUGACGUGGAUCUGAAACAGGACCUCCGCUGUGACACUAUUGACACGCGGGAAGAGUAUGAGCUGAAGGACCCGACCAACGGCUACUACAACGUCCGUGCCCACGAGGACCGGCCCUCUUCCCGCACGGUGCUCUACGCCGACUACCGCAACCCUGGCCCAGCCCGCUACGACGCCCGGCCCUCCUCCCGCCUCUCCCACUCCAGUGGCUACGCCCAGCUCAGCACCUACGGCCGGGCCCCCGCCUCAGAGUACAGCGGCGACCCGGUCCCCGGACCCGCCCCGGGCGCCGUUGCCACCGCCGAGACGGCCAGCCAGCUCUCCUACGAGAACUUCGCCGGCCACACGCCCUUCUCGGCCAGCGCCGGCUACGCCACCUACCGCCUGGGCUACACCCAGCCCCCGCCGCCGGCCCUGGACAGAGCCACCUACGACACCUACGACCCGCUGGGCAAAUACACCACAGCCACUCGCUUCUCCUACACCUCCUCGGACUACGGGCAGCGUUUCCAGCAGAGGAUGCAGACCCACGUCUGAACCGCGGCCUGGGCGCUGGGGUGGGGGUGCAGGUACCUCAUGACUGCCCCCUGAUAUUCAGGGGCUUUUUUCCAACCUCCCCCCUUGCCCAGCUGGAGGACGGACACACCAGGGGUGCUCCGUGGCACCAAAUGCCCCCUCGCCCCCAAGGCGAUGUACACGCGGCCCUGAUCCGCUUUGUCUGCUCCUUUUCUGAGCGUUUUUCUGCCGCUUCCUGAUUUCUUCCUUCCGACAUGCUUGUACGAAGUGUGUCCUCCUUCCCUCUAACCCGAGGCAAGGCAGGUUUGGGGGUGAGGAUUGGACAUUACGGAGCAGGGGCUCUGUGGGGCUGGACCUCUUCUCCCCCCUGCCUAGAUCUUGCCCGGGCAACUCCUCUUCCGGAUGUGUGUGUGUGCGGGGCGGGGGCAUCUUAGCCCCGGGUAACGUAUCAGGUUGAGAGAGAUCAAUCGUGCUGGAGAGUUUAAUCCCCCAAGAAGAUCCCAAGGAAAGAGGGACAAUCACAGGAGAGAGAGAGAGAGGUGGAACCCUGUAUCUUGUGGACUAGGAACUUGAAUCCACCACCCAGUAGUUUUUCUGUCCCACCUGCAGGGAAAUACCAUGGACAGGGCCCCUUUUGGGGACUCUUCUUCCAUCGUGCUCACAAAGACCUGCCCUUGUAGUCUCCAGUUAGGCUGAGGCCUCCAAGGGGGUCUGCUGGAGAAGCCCCCACGGUCCAGCUUAGCCAGGCCUCCCUGCCUUUGACGCAAGCCCAUAUCAUGGCGCCAGGAUGGGCACGGAUGUUUCCGCACCCCACAGCGCCUGAAUGCCCUCCCGGUCCAGGUUCUG